CUGGGAGCCAAAGAAGGCCCUGGAGAAAACUGAAGUUUGGGGAGGGGAGUCAGCCGCUCAGCCCCUUCCUCGCCACUCCUACUCCCUCUACCACGGUGUCUGUCGUUGGGGAAGAGAGGUGUUGGGUUACUGCCACGGGGGCUAUAGUUAGAUGUGGGACUUUGCUUGUCGGCGGGACUCCCGGAACAGGCUGUGCUCAUCCAGACACCCGCCGGCGGAACCAAACCGUCCAGUUCUCUGCCUCCGACCUCCGUGAUCUCCAGCCUACUGAAGCCAAGCUUCCACCGCUGCCACUGGUCCCAGCUGCAUCCGGACCUCGCCCUCCCGUCUCCCCCAGGAUGAUGCUGGCUGCUCUGCUGCUCAGCCUCAGCUGCCUUGGCCUCCACACCCUCUGGCAGGCCCAGGCUGUCCCUAUCCUGCCCCUGGGCCUGGCUCCAGACACCUUCGAUGACGCCUACGUGGGCUGCGCAGAGGAAAUGGAGGAGAAGGCGGCUGCUCUGCUGAGGGAGGAGAUGGCCCGCCAUGCCCUGCUGCGGGAAUCCUGGGAGGCAGCCCAGGAGGCCUGGGAGCAGAAACAGCGGGGGCUCACCCUGCCCCCUGGCUUCAGACCCCAGCAUGGAAUCGCUGUCAUGGUCUACACGAACUCAUCUAACACCUUGUACUGGGAGCUGAACCAGGCCUUGCGGACAGGCGGCGGCUCCCGGGAGUUCUACAUGAGGCACUUCCCCUUCAAGGCCCUGCAUUUCUACCUGACCCGAGCCCUGCAGCUGCUGCAGGGGAGCAAGGGCUGCACUCGGGGACCUGGGCAGGUGGUGUUCCGAGGUGUAAGCACCCUUCGCUUUGAACCCAGAAGGUUGGGGGAUGCUAUCCGCUUGGGCCAGUUUGCCUCCAGCUCCCUGGAUGAGGCGGUGGCCCACAGAUUUGGUAAUGCCACCUUCUUCUCCCUAAGGACUUGUUUUGGGGCGCCUAUCCAGGACUUGUCUGUUUUUCCCAAGGAGCGCGAGGUGCUGAUCCCUCCCCAUGAAGUCUUCUUGGUCACCAGGUUCUCCCAAGAUGGAGCCCGGAGCCUAGUGACUCUCUGGAGCUAUAAUAAGACCUGCAGCAACUUUAACUGCGCCUAUCUGGGCGGGGAGAAGAGGCAGAGCUGUGUGUCUGCACCAACAGCGGGGGCAGCCAGACUCGCUCUCCAACAGGGCCUUCUCUCUGCUCUCCUGGACAACCCUGCUCGUGGCCCCCGUGGGGUUCCAGUGCUCAAGAGCUGGGCCCUUGAAAGUCCAAUGCCUGCCACUUAGGAGUCUUGGAAACUGCUGACCUUCAUAUGAAGAAGGAACCUUCGAGCAGCCUCGAAGCAGGAGCACGGUUUCAGACCAGCCCUAGAAGCCAUCUCCCCACCCAGGACGUGGGGGAGUCUGAGGCCAUGGAAGGUCGGAGGAAGCCCUGCUGUGUGGUGGGGACUCCCUGGGACAAGUAAGGCUAGUACUGUGAUGACCAUUUUAUUAAACAGUGUUGGAGUGUGGUGA